UCUACGUCAUAUUGACUACUGUGUACUUUUUUCUAGCAUGGAUCAUUAUGAUUAUAAAUAGGUCAUUGUCGUUGUGUUUAUCAGCUCGCUUCGAAGACUUAUUUAUGACAACUAUUUCACAGGAUUUUAGACAUUCUUGACAAAUAUUUUUCGUUGUGCGAUGUAGAUGUGGCGCUUGACCGACGUCUAAAGAUACCAGCUGAGUCAUUGUGGAGUAAAAACUGGAUCCCUAAUAUGCCUAUUUCAAAAAAAACUAGGUCCAAGUUGGACCAUGACAAAGAAGAGAAAGCUGCAUCCAAGGAAAAAAUGUCCAGGGGUAUGAAAGCGAAGGAAGCAGCCCAGAAGCGCCGUGACAAUGAGGCGGUGGAGAUGGAGCGGCUGUCUGAUGUACUGCCCCUCACCAGGGACGUCAUUGAUAAGCUGGACAAGGGAUCCAUCAUCCGACUGGCUAUUGCCUACAUCAGGAUUAAACACACCAUCCAGAGAGAUAUUGAAUAUCAUAACCAGAACGCCAUCGAGAUGGGCGAGGGUAUAGAUAUGAGACGGGACAGCAGACGGGACAAGAGGUUAUGCAGGAAACAGGACAUGGAGGUGGAUCAACUGAUGAAGUCUGGCACACACAGCAAGGCCCUCAUUGGCUGUGGAAACAAUGUUAAAAGUAUUAUGGACUCGGAGGGUCUCAUGAUGGAAGAAGCCUUGCAGGGAUUCAUUAUUUACAUCAGCAGAAAGGGGAAAAUCCUCUUUGUGUCUACCUCGGUUGAAGAGCAUCUUGGCCUGAAGCAGACGAUGCUGUUGGGCCGGUCAGUGCUGGACGUCAUCCACCAGAGUGACCACAAGGAGUUAGGGCAGCAAUUCCAGGUGAAGAUGUCGCAGGUUUUGCUGCCAGAUGUUGUGGAUGGGGAAGAUGCAGGUGACCAUUUUAGCAUUUGUGAUGAGGUUGACCUUUCAUCUCGAAUGAAUACUGGAGAAUAUGUUCUGAAUUCGCACCAGACUCGAGUGUUCUAUGUUAGGAUGAAGUACAACAUGCAUCACAAUGGAAACAAAACCAAGCAUACAGGCUUCAUGUUGGUCCAGUGGUCGGGACAUCUGAAAAUCAUCCAGUCGGCCAAACCGCGAGGUUAUUCUGUUGAGGGUAUGACGUGUGUGUGCCGCCCAGUACAGACCAACUCCAUACUGGAGAUACGGCUUGAUGGCAACAUGUUCAUGAGCAGGCAUGACCUGGAUAUGAAAUUCACUUUCUGCGACCCCAGAAUCAUUACCCUGAUUGGUUACGAACCACGUGAAGUGAUCGGCAGAACAGCUUACUAUUUCCACAAUCCCUUGGAUGCUCAAAAGAUUCAAAGCUGCCAUUCCACGUUAAUUGUCAAAGGAAAUUCAGUAAGCAAGUAUUAUCGUUUCUGUGGAAAGAACGGGGAUUGGGUUUGGAUGCAGACUCGAGCUACCAUUAUUUACAACACCAGCAACAAGCCACAAUACGUCGUCUGUAUGAAUUACGUUAUCGGUGAGGAAGAGGGCCAGAGGUGCCUGAUGAUGGAACAAGACCAGCCUGGCUUUUCACAGGGAGAGUCGAAGGGCUACCUAGACCUGACCAGUCACUGCAAGUCACUGGAGGAGUUUGAACAAGAUGGCGGCUACAGCACCAUGUCACCUGCAAACAGUCCCUUGUGUGGCAGCACGAGUUCGGAGUUCUCGCAGACCAACUGCCUGUGCGAGUCAGGUGACGAGUUCAUGGUGGACACCGACGUGAAGCUGUCUCCAUCAUAUAUCGAGGAUAACACACUCAGUCCAGUCGAGCUCCCACUGUCAACAUCAUUUCAGUCCACGGUGCAUGACUCCCUGUCCUCUUCCAGUGGAAUCUCAUCCGACAUGCAGUCAGGCUUGCCAAGCUAUCUGCAAGACGAAUCAUCUCCAUUCACCAGCAGCAAUAGCCUGAGUCAUAUGCCCCUGUCACAAAACAGCAUGUCCAGUAUGGAGACUGGCAGUGUGUUUCAGAACGACAGCGACUUUUCAGAUAGCUCGCUGCAGCAAGACAGAAUACCCACCGGGUCCAAUGAUCCUUUCCUUUCAGAGAUGAAAGAAGAUUCGUUAGUGUCCGGUUCAGAAUUUGAAUUUAUUGAUGAAUUUUUGAACUGUGUUGGUACAAACAGUGUUCUUAAGCCUGACAGUGGCUUUCAGUCCAUGAAUGUUUCACCGACCCAGCCAGAUAGAACUCCUUUGAAGAACUGUGACAGUGACAAAGAACCAUCACUACUUAGGACGCUUUUGAAUAAAGGAUGUUCCAGCCCUGCCUCAUCCAGCAGUUUGGAUUCACCAACUAUGUGCAGUGCAGCUUUUGUUCAGUCCCCUCCUGCAUCCGUUCUGGACUCUCCCUGUGGACCUAGUGGCAAUUGCUCAGCUCUGUCCAUGAAUAUGCCCAACUCCUCAGAAAUUCAGCUGACGAGACAGCCAGGUACACCCGCCAUGUGCAGUGUACAGGUUGGAAUGAUUAACUCUGUGGACAUCCCUCCAUCAACAUUCUCUGAAACCGAUUCUCAUAUAGCUGAUGACAUUUUGGAUUUUGCCAUGCUGUACUGUGACUCCAUUGCUGAUGAGCAAGCCCGACUUGUGAUGCAUGAUCUUGGGCAGGUUAUUGGAUCUGAAUCUUGGCCCAAUGGUGUUGACGAGUUCAUUACAACUAUGGUAGAUGCUCAGAACUUCUCUAAUGAGUCUAUUGCUACAGUGGCAGCUCUGGAGACUGUCUCCGAUACGAGUAAAUCUGUUGACAGUGUUACUGUGCGGUCAUCACCCAUCAGAAACUCGGAAGAAAAUGAAGAAAUGCUUUGGGCUACGCAGAAUUCCGGUAAUGGUGUACAAGGUGUCCAGAAGUCUUUUAAAAUGGAAAACAAUUCUGCUGUCCCAGCUCUUAUCACACAGGUUUCCUCACCAUCAGUCAAGUUGAAUUCAUUGCCUGUAUCGAGUUCAAGUACCACUCUGAACAAGUUGAGUAAAAAUCCUAAAGUCAUCUUCAGCACAAAAGGCUCACAGACCAGUUUUGGAACGAAAAGCAUUAGUGUUCCUGUUACACACGGCCUCCCACAGAAGGUUGUAGUUGGUCAGAAUGUAUCACAGAAGAGGGAGAUGGUGAAUGGGCUGCUGGGAAACGGCACAACGAGCACUGCAGCCUAUUCUAGAUAUACAUCACCAAAGCCCUCUACCAGUGGAAGAAUUCAUCCAGAGAAAGUUCACAGCAGCAGUGUAUCAUCAAUGCCGUUCACAUUUCCCAACUCCAAGUCAUCUUACCAGAAUAGAUUACUUGUCAAGGCAAACGCUGCCGGUGUGGGCUCAUCUCCUUGUGGCUCCCAGAGAUCCAGAUCAAUGACCGAGCUAGAGAAACAUCUCCGUGGAUAUAUGGAUGAUGAGGUGGAUAAGCUUCAGAAAAGACACGAUAAAGUGAGUGGGAAAAUCUCACGGUUGAACAUUUCCGACAUGCCUGAUGCAAACGAUAUUCCUUUCCUUCAGAUGUUGUUGACUGGAGAACUGUCACAGGACAAAUAUUACAGAAUUGACAGAGAGUUACGUAACAAAGAGAAAAAAUCUUUGCACAAACAUUUUUCAUCCAAUACUAGCAGCUAAGGAUAGCUUGGUGUAAGUGACGGUGAACUCAUAUAUAUAAUGUGAUAAAUGUUAUUCUGACAAUCCAGUGAAUUGUGUGAUGUCUUUUAUGCAGUGCAUUUCAUUUGAUAUGAAUGUGUUUUGGUUUGUAUUUUUUUUCUUCUUGUACUUAACUGGAUGUAAAUAUUAUAAACUUGUUACAUAUUUAAUGUGUACAUAAUGAUAUAGAUGAUGAUUAUCCAAAACCUUUUCAGAUGCUAGUGUGAGAACUACCAGAUUUGGGAUUAGCAGCAUAUGAAAAAACAAACGUAACAAACAUACAUGUACAUAGUUAUUACUCAGACAGGGUUAGCAUGAGAGGUGGAUCAUGUCAUGAAACAGUUCAGAAGAGGAUUAUGGAUUAGUUUCACUAGAAGAGAGUGGAAUUUAAACAGAACAUUAAUUAGGUUUAGCACCAAACUCAUUGGCUUCUAUUUUUAUGAAAAGCCAUAAUGCAUAACGCAAUGUUAUAUCCUAAAGAGUUUGGAAUGAGUGGACAAAUAUUUUUUAAAUCGUAUUCCAGGCCACGAAAAGUUUUGAAAUUUGGUCAUUUGUGAAUUUCUCAAAGCCUGGAAUUUCACCCUCUGUAAUAAAAGUUACCAGCUUUUAAAAAAAAAAAUGGUUUCAGCUUUAAUUUUUUUAUUUGUAUUUGGUCAUUUUGGUUUUAUUCACUGUUGGUUCAUAGUAUAAUCUUUUUCCCACCCAUUUUUGCCAACAUAUAUCUUUACUUUUAACGUUCAAAAUUUCUGUCAGUCUAACUGGAUGUACUAGGUGCAGUAAAAAAUCCUUAAAAUAGCCUGAAAUCUGGUCAGUCUGUGGCAUUGAAUUGUUCUGAACUGUUAUAUGGUUAUGGAUGUAUAACGGUAUAACCGUAAUCAAACCUAAAAUAAAAUCAUGUAAUAAACUUGCACUUCAACCUAGAUGAAAAUGAAGAACUGGUAGAUGCAUUAUAGAGCCCAUGAAUUUGGUGCCACAAAAAAAAAAACCCAACACCACAAGACCAAAAGUGUUUAAUAAGAGGUGAGAUUUGGUACAAGGAAAGACUUCCACCUUUCAUGAUAGAAUAGUAUUUACAUAUUGCAAGUGAUUUUUCAGACUGUUGAAUGUGAUUAAAAUCGUCUACAUGUUCUGUACUAUAUGAAAGAAAAAUAGUGUUCAUGUAUCGUGGUCUCCAUUUGUCUCCGUGUUCUUGGUUUGUUUAUCUGUGUUCAUAUACAUAUUUGUUUUUUGCUUAAGUUUCAUGUCCUGUGUUCAGAUAGUCUCAGUGGCAUUUAUCAGCAAAUCAGGGACUGCAUAAUAGUAAAAGCACAAAUUCAGAGGUGGUUAUUUAAUAUGAAUAUACAAUAUUAUGACUUGUAGAAUUUUUAGAGUAUAGCCAAACUUGUGGCUUCAGUUCACUCAAGAAAUAUUUCAAGUAAUUUCAUUUCAUUUCUGUUUAACGUCAAGCCAAGCCCCAUACAAAACUAUGUAACUGUCUCUAAAAGGUAUCUAGAUAACCUUUGUAUGUUUUAACCUGUAUAUAAAACAAUCUGCAUAUUUGAUGACCUAAACUGAUUUAAUUUUCCAGUACUGUUCUUUUAUUUAGUGAAAUGAAUAUACAGCAUUUUGUUUUUUCAUUUCCUUACUAAUCGUACAACUUUCUUCUUCAUAUUGAUCACAAGAUACUUGUACACUGAAAUUGCCUAGACUAUCACUUUUCUAUCUAUAGAAAAACUAAAGUAUCCGGUGGUAGAUUUUAAUGAAAUAUAUACUAGUAUAUAUUUGAUUGUGAUUAAGCAGCAUAUUUGUGUAAAUAGUUGCUCUUUUUUACUUGCUGGCUGAUAUUUACAUCUUAUGUAGAAUAUUAUGGCAUUUCUGUUAAGUCUUUGAUGGUGUACUGUUUUAUCUUGUUUUUUUAAACAUAUUUUUGGUUCGUAGUCUAGUAUUUGUUCAUUUUCUAGUACUUAAUUUGUUAUUGCAACUUGUUUUUAUCAUUUCUCUAGUGUUUAAUUUGUUGUUGUACAUUUUUGUUCAGUGCUUCUUGUGGAGUUUUUUUAAAAUUAAAAAACCAGUAUUUGAUGGUUCCAAUAUGGCUGUUAUUAUAUACAUAUAACAGAUAUCAUAAUAAAGUGCUAAACAUUAAAAAAUUCACUUCACCAAUAAGUGCUCAUUU